AUGAAGAAGCUAUUUGUGCUUGUCCUCUGCCUUACCUUACUGACUUGCUUCUCAGGGGCGUCGCCGAUUCUGACGGAAAAGCAGGCCAAGCAGCUCUUGAGGUCCCGACGGCAGGACAGGCCGAGCAAACCGGGGUUCCCUGACGAGCCCAUGCGGGAGUACAUGCAUCAUCUGCUCGGCCUUGAGCAUCGCGCCGAGGAGCAGUUCCUGGAGCACUGGCUGAACCCGCACUGCAAGCCCCACUGCGACAGGAACGUGGUCCAUCCGGUGUGAGGGGCCCGGGACCAGCUUCCGCAAGCAUUGUCACAAGCACCGACCUGGCUACUGUCGAAACGGGAUGAGGCUCCUUCUUUCAUUUGUUUUUCAGCUGUGGAGAUGGAUGGGUUCAGACCUCGUGAGCUGUGGGCACAGCAAAGGGUGCUUUGGUGAUUGAUUGCAAAUAUAUACACACUGCUUCAUUUUACUAACCUGCAUCACUCACUAAAGCCAAUAGCUUAAAGUAUAACUCGCCCCCCUCUCCUGCCAUGGUCUUCCCACAGUUUGUUGGGUGGCAGAAGGGGGAGCUUCCCUGAGGCAUUUGGGGCAGGCUGCCUGCCCUGAGGACUCUGGGAAGUCUUGCCCAGGGGAGUGAAGCUCACCACAGCGGGGAGGGCUGCGGAGCUGCUUGGUCAUCUAUUCCCCGCCCCCCCCCCACCCAUCUGCUCUAAUAAAUG